CAGUUGAACGUAGCAAGUUAGGAAAAAACUCAAUUAUACGAAGUUGUGUAUUGGUCAUAUUUUUCUGUUUCCUACAUUUUAAGUUCUGAAUUUUAUAGUUUACUGUACGUUUGUGAUAAUAUAAGGCGAAAUAAUGCCUAGAGGAAAGUACACCAAUCACAAAGGCAAGCACAGGCGAUUCACCAGCCCAGAGGAAAUAGAAGAACAAAUGAAAAGAGAAGAAAAAGAAAGAAAAUGGAGGGAAGAGAGGGGUGAUACAGGUUCUAGUGAGGAUGAAGCAAGAGGAAAAGAUGAUGGAGCCUCAGAAUCUGAAACAGAAUCAUCAUCAGAAGAGAGUGAAGCAGAGGUUAAAGCCAAAGGAGUUGAGAAUCUCAUUCAUGUGGAAAAUCCUAACAGAGUUCAGAAGAAGGCAAAGAAAUUAUCUACCCUUAACGAAAGCGUCGAUUCUUCUGUAAAACCUGAACUGUCACGUAGAGAAAGGAAACAGCUAGAUCAUCAGAGAGCGCAAGCAGACUAUCAACGGUUGCAUGCUAAAGGGAAGACAGAAGAAGCCCGUGCCGAUUUAGCCAGAUUAGCCAUAAUCAAGCAGCAGCGGGAAGAAGCAGCUAAACGACGCGAGGAAGAAAAAAAAGAAAAAGAAGCAGCAAAACAGACGAAAACGGCUCAAGUCCAAAGAGCACUUGGAAAGAAGACAUGAUUCCAAAAGCAUACUUGAGGUGCCACCUACUCAGUGAUGAGAUGACCCAGUGUCAGGAUUUGAGAUUUCUGGAGAUUAAAUUUCUA